UUUUGGGUGGCCCCCAGACGCACACAUGACCCCUGUGAGGGGUGGGAGCAGAGCUGAUUGCGUAAUGCUCUUCAACAUCUGACCCAUAACUACAGACGCGUCCUGAGCAUCUGUCUAUUUGCUGUUUUGAAGUUCGUCCUCAGUGCAGGUCAACAGAGUAAGAACAGCUUCACCGCGAUGGCUGCCUUCCUUCAUCACUGCCCGUAUCUGAAGGCGGUUCCUAAGCAAGCCCUGAGGCGAACAGGAGCUGCCUUGCUGUCGCUGGCCGACCAGUGCCCCAUCAUCGCCCGCCAGGUCACCGUGAGCGCUCCGGCCUCCGUGGACGAGAAACUGAGCAUCCCGCCGACCGAGCCGAGCGUGGCCCAAAGGAGGCUGUUUGCCCAAACCGCCACCGAGGUGGCCGUGUCGGCGUCGAAGGGCUGCCCUUUCGUCACCUCUCAGAUCGGGAUGGUCCAGGCCCGACCUGAAGUCCAGGAGGAUGUGAAUCACAGUUUGAUGAAAUCUCUGUUGAAGGGUUUUAAGGAUUCAAUCAUGCCAUCGACAGCCGACACCAAGACGGUCACGCACCUACUGAAAGACAACAUGGCUGGCCCCAGCUACGACUACGACCGCUUCUUCAGCGAGAAGAUAACCGAGAAAAGGAAGGACCACACGUACCGGGUCUUUAAGACGGUGAACAGGAGCGCCGAGGCCUUCCCGUUCGCAGAGGACUACUCCGUCCCGGGCCGCUCGGCCGCUCAGGUGUCCGUGUGGUGCAGCAACGACUACCUGGGCAUGAGCCGCCACCCACGCGUCCUGAGUGCAAUCAGCGACGCCCUGGAGAGGCACGGUGCAGGCGCGGGUGGCACCAGGAACAUUUCUGGCACCAGUAACUUCCAUGUGUCCCUGGAGCAGGAGCUGGCCCAGCUGCACCACAAGGACGCAGCUCUGGUCUUCUCCUCCUGCUUCGUGGCCAACGACUCCACCCUCUUCACGCUAGCUAAGAUGCUACCAGGGUGCGAGAUCUACUCGGACGCAGGGAACCACGCGUCGAUGAUUCAGGGCAUCAGGAACAGCGGAGCCAAGCGCUUCAUCUUCCGCCACAAUGACGGCCGACACUUGGAGGAGCUGCUGCAGCGCUCGGACCCCAAGACGCCCAAGAUCGUGGCCUUUGAGACGGUGCACUCCAUGGACGGGGCCAUAUGUCCUCUAGAGGAGCUGUGUGACGUGGCCCACCGCUAUGGGGCCCUGACGUUUGUCGAUGAAGUCCACGCCGUGGGUCUGUACGGAGCCCACGGCGCCGGCGUUGGGGAGAGGGACAACAUUAUGCACAAAAUUGACAUUGUUUCCGGGACCUUAGGUAAAGCCUUUGGCUGUGUGGGAGGGUAUAUUGCCAGCAGCGCCGCCCUGGUGGACACAGUUCGCUCCUUCGCAGCCGGCUUCAUCUUCACCACUUCCCUGCCUCCGAUGGUCCUGGCUGGAGCGCUGGAGUCCGUGCGGGUCCUGAAGAGCCCCGAAGGGCAGGUGCUACGCAGGGCCCACCAGCGGAACGUCAAACACAUGAGGCAGCUGCUCAUGGACAAGGGCCUUCCCGUGGUCAACUGCCCGAGCCACAUCAUCCCCAUACGGGUGGGCAACGCCGAGAUGAACAACAGGGUGUGUGACACCCUGAUGAGAAGACACAACAUCUACGUCCAGGCCAUCAACUACCCCACAGUGCCUCGAGGCGAGGAGCUACUGCGACUGGCUCCGUCUCCUCAUCACAACCCUGCCAUGAUGGAGUACUUUGUGGAGAAACUGGUGGAGGUGUGGCAGGAGGCAGGGCUGCUGCUCAACAGCCCCGCCACGGCGUCCUGCACCUUCUGUGACCGCCCACUGCACUUUGACCUCAUGAGCGAGUGGGAGAAAUCCUACUUCGGCAACAUGGAGCCUCAGUACAUUACUGUGACAGCGUAAUAGCAAAGUCGCUUCCCAGCAUGAGUGAGCCUUAAACAGACGCGUACAGUACAAUGGAUAUUUGACACUGCCUUAAGUCCAGUGUACUGACUUUGUACUUGUGUUUAAAUAUAGUUUAUUGUCAGUAACCCGGACUAAAUGAUUAAUUUAUCUAUACUAAAGUUUGCUAUUUUUGGUAUGAAUGAAGGAAGUUGUGCCUCCUUUUUAAAAACAUAAAUCCUGCACAUCAGGCACUUUCUCAAAUAUCUUAUAUAUGUGUGGUUUCAAUUAAAUGAUGCUGCCCAAUUUCAUGUUGCCUGAUUCCUUUAAAUCAUAUAAAUAUUAUGGUCAUUGUUUGAUUUUUUCUUUCACUUGACAAUAAAUCUUGACAUUAUAUUGCAAUCAUAAAAUGUAUAAGCUACAAUGGCAAAUGUGUUUCAUAAAAUAAAGGCUAAUAAAAGAUUCAAUCAUAAAAUUUUUGA